AUUCCCACAAACAAGAAAAAAAAUGGCUUCUCCCACCAGUCUCACAAUAUUCACACUCAUAAUCCUCUCUCUCACAUACGCCUCCGCCGCCGCAAACCCAGCGGCCAGCUUCAUCCGAAGCUCAUGCAAAGCCACAACAUACCCCGCCGUGUGCGAGAAGUCCCUCUCAACAUACGCCUCCUCCAUCAAAAAAAGCCCGCGGCAGCUGGUGAUGACGGCGCUUACAGUGAGCGUCGACACUGCGGAAUCGGCCAAGUCAUUCGUCGCCAAGCUCACAAAGUUUCGCGGGUUGAAGCCGAGAGAGCGGUCCGCCAUCAAGGACUGCUUGGAGGAGAUCAGCGACAGCGUCGAUAGGCUGAGCAAAUCGGUGAAGGAGCUCAAGAACUUGGGCCGGGGCAAGGGCCCAGAGUUCACUUGGCAUAUGAGCAAUCUGCAGACGUGGGUAAGCGCUGCGCUCACGGAUGACUCCACGUGCUCGGACGGGUUUGCUGGCCGGGCCUUGAAUGGCCGGAUCAAGAAUUCCAUCAGGACCCGGAUGACUAAUGUGGCGCAGGUUACUAGUAAUGCGCUCGCGCUCUGUAAUAAGUUUGCGGAUAAGUAUACUUAAGUUGUGCUUCUUUUUAACUGUAAAAUGUGUGUGUUUUUUUUAGUUGGGAUGUACGAGGUUGAGUGAGUGGUUUUGUCCGUCGAUGUUUUAGUUUUGUGGUAUGAUUUAUAAUGAUGGUGAUCUCGCCCCAGUUUUGUAAUAUAAUGAAAUUAUACUAGUGAUA